GAAAUUAUGUUUUCAAGUGGGACGCCCACUCUGAAUAGAAGACCUCAGCCACCCAGCACCGAUAAAAUUCUCUCCAAUGGAGGUGGUGCUAUUCUCUUCUCAUGCGUCUCUCAUCUUCAACCCACGCAGAAACCCUAAUUUAUCUCCCAAGAUGCAUACUUCUCUUCCUGGUAGGAUCGUGAAAAGUCGAUUACAAAGUUCUGUAUUGUGUUUAACCGAAGAUGUUAAUAACUGGCCAAGAAGUUGCAAGCCAAUCUUUUAUUUGGUAGGAUAUUAUAGACGCAGGUUCUUUUGUCAACCAUUACAGAGGCUUGACAAAAUGAUUACAUUGCAAUGUGGUUUGUUCUCAGUAAGGAAUGGACGCCUUCCCAAGUUGAGGAACUACGGCAUCGGUCUUCAGAAAGCAGUAAGAUGUUCAGAAAAACUUAAAAAUCAUGCAUCCGUUCUUUUCUUCCACCUCAUUGUCGGAAUGGUUCUUGUCAUGACAGUUUCUGUUGCUGUUAACAGAACUCCUUCAUAUGCCCUGACUGAAGAGAAUCUUCUUUUCUUGGAGGCCUGGAGAACGAUUGACCGUGCAUACGUCGACAAAACCUUCAACGGGCAGAGUUGGUUUAGGUACAGAGAAAAUGCACUGCGCACUGAACCAAUGAACACCAGACAAGAGACAUACAAUGCAAUCAGGAAAAUGCUGGCCACCCUGGAUGAUCCAUUCACGCGUUUCUUGGAACCUGAAAAGUUUAAAAGUCUUCGGUCAGGGACACAAGGCUCUCUUACAGGUGUAGGGCUGUCAAUUGGCUAUCCUACGGGAGGUGAUGGAUCACAUGGAGGACUUGUGGUAAUUUCAGCUUCUUUGGGCGGUCCUGCAAAUAAGGCUGGAAUUUUGUCUGGGGAUGUUAUCCUGAAAAUUGGUGACACCAGCACAGAAUCUAUGGGCAUAUAUGAUGCAGCAGAGCGCUUGCAGGGACCUGAAGGCAGUGAAGUGGACCUAACUAUUCAAAGUGGACCUGAAAUUAAGCACUUAUCUUUGACGCGGGAGAAAAUUUCCUUUAAUCCCGUGCAUGCAAAGCUUUGUGAAGUACCUGGUUUGGGGAGAGAGAACUCCAGAGUGGGAUAUAUCAAGCUAACUUCCUUCAAUCAAAAUGCUUCUGGUGCUGUCAGGCAAGCAAUUAAAACUUUAAGGAGAAAUAAUGUUAAUGCUUUUGUAUUGGACCUUCGAGAUAAUAGUGGUGGUCUUUUCCCUGAAGGAAUUGAGAUUGCUAAGAUUUGGUUAGAGAAGGGUGUCAUUGUAUAUAUUUGUGAUAGCCAAGGUGUCCGUGAUAUCUAUGAUACUGAUGGAAGAAAUGCAGUAGCAGCCACAGAACCCCUAGCCGUGCUGGUAAACAAAGGAACUGCUAGUGCAAGCGAAAUAUUAGCCGGUGCAUUGAAGGACAACAAACGAGCAGUGCUGUUUGGAGAACCCACUUAUGGGAAAGGCAAGAUUCAAUCAGUUUUUGAGCUAUCCGAUGGCUCCGGCUUGGUUGUUACAGUUGCUCGCUAUGAGACACCUGCUCAUACUGAUAUUGACAAGGUCGGUGUGAUUCCGGAUCAUCCUUUGCCGGCUUCUUUUCCCAAGGAUCCUGUAUCGGAUUGCGAACUCAAUAGAGUUGAGCUCUUUUUGAGAUGACAUAACUUUGUACAAACAUUGUGGAGUAAUUGUGAAUUAUUCUUUUGUCAUUGCUAAAAAAACACUGGAAGCAUACGAAGAAAGUUGUAUGUAGCCCCAUCUACUACUUUAGCAACUUUAGCGGCUUGGCCAAUUACUCUAGAUUCUUGAUUAUUCCAUUUCUUGAUGUUAGCAGUAUACUGUGGUCAAAUAGGAUUAUUUUCUUCUCGCGACCUUUUACUAUUUUUCAUCAUGUGGGAGUUAGAACUAAUUCCCAUCGAUUUUCUUCUAUCCAUGUGGGGAGGAAAGAAAUAUCUGUACUCUGCUACAAAAUUUAUUUUAUACACUGCGGGAGUUUCUGUUCUUCUC